AUGACGCCACGCGCACCUGAGGAGUUCCUCCCUCCGGAGUACCGACGACCGCGACCACAGCUCGAACGCAACGCGUCAGCACAGUCGAAACUCUCGCUGCCCGCGUCGUCGCAGUCCAACGAGGCCGACGACGAGCAGAGCUUCUCUGACCGCAGCUUCGACAUGGAAUCCAGCGCUUUGCAACCGCAAUACGAGGGCGAAGAUACGCGCCCCACCAGCGACAAGGAGCUGUCCGGCUUCUACAUGUACGGGUGGGCAGCAGAGGUCUUCGUAGUCUGCGGCAUUGGCUCUUUCAUACCCGUUACCCUUGAGCAGCUCGCCCGCGAAAAUGGCGUCCUCCUCCAUGACCACACCACGCCAUGCAAGGCCUCGCUGCCUACCGUCUCUCCACCGGCCAGCUUCACGGCCCUCUUCAAACCACACCACCCCGAGAAGGGCCAAUGUGUCGUCAGCAUCCUUGGCUUUGAGGUCAACACGGCCAGCUUCGCCAUGUACACUUUCAGCAUCUCCGUGCUAAUCCAGGCGUUGCUCAUCAUAUCCAUGUCUGGCGCUGCAGACCACGGGCGGUUCAGGAAGCGCUUCCUCCUGUGGUUUGCCUUCAUCGGCAGCACGGCAACCAUGCUGUUCUUGCCUGUCGUGCCCAGCGUAUACAUAGUGGGCGCAGUAUUGGCCAUCGUUGCGAACACCUGCUUUGGAGCGAGCUUUGUGCUCCUAAACAGCUUCCUGCCCCUGCUGGUCAGAUUCCACCCAACCGUGCGGUAUGCUGUAUCGAAUGGGGAUGAUUCGACCGACGACUACGACGACGACGACGACGACAAUCUCUCUGAUGAAGCACGCUGCUCGAGCCGCCUUGCACGCCACGAACCGGUGUUCGAUGGAGUCGCAGACGCAACCACCGCUCUUCUUCCGCCGCAGCGAUCUGCGCCUGACCUGGCUAGUCCACGCACAAAAGACCGCUCGGCUCCGUCCCAAGAGCUUGCGUUGUCAACCAAGAUCUCGUCCUACGGCAUUGCAAUCGGCUACAUCGCUGCGCUACUCCUGCAGACACUCUCAAUAGUCGUGGUCAUUGCCUUCCAAUCAUCGAAUUUCGGACUGCGACUCGUCCUGUUCAUGAUUGGCGCAUGGUGGUUCAUCUUCACAAUCCCCAGCGCGCUGUGGCUGCGACCACGUCCAGGACCACCACUGCAUAUUGGUGACAACACGUCCAACGCCCGUACAGUGAUUGCUUAUUUCACUUAUUCUUGGAAAUCUCUGGGUCGCACAGCAAUGCAUGCGAGACACCUCAAAGAUGUUUUGCUCUUUCUGGCCGCAUGGUUCCUACUCAGUGAUAGCAUAGCAACCGUCUCUGGCACUGCUGUGCUCUUCGCAAAGACAACGCUAGGCAUGUCGUACGCUAUGCUGGCUUUGAUCAAUGUCAUCGCAACUGUCUCUGGUGUGCUUGGCGCAUUCACGUGGUCCCGAGUGUCACACUACCUCAAUGUCACUCCUGUGCAGACAAUCUUAAUGUGUAUCGCCCUCUUCGAAGUGAUCCCACUCUAUGGCCUACUAGGCUAUCUGCCAUCAAUCCAGAGAUUAGGAUUUCUUGGGUUGCAGCAACAGUGGGAGAUGUACAUGCUUGGUGCAGUGUACGGAUUCGUGCUCGGUGGGCUCAGCUCUUAUUGUCGUGCCCUUUUUGGCGAGUUGAUCCCUCCCGGUUUCGAAGCGGCCUUUUACGCGCUGUAUGCGAUCACGGAUAAGGGCAGUAGUGUGUUUGGCCCAGCCAUUGUUGGGGCCAUCACGGAUGCCUACGGAGAGAUUCGACCGGCGUUCUGGUUCCUUGCCAUCUUGGUUGGUCUACCUUUCCCCAUCAUGAUGCUUGUCGAUAUCAACCGCGGUCGUACCGAAGGCAUUGCGCUUGCAAAAACCCUCGCAGAGCUAGACGUCGGUCAUCGGAACUCUUUUGGUCAGCGCGAAGACUCCGAGGAUGAGCUCAACUAAUUGCACCCUUGACGAACGAACCUCACGAACCUUGCUGCAUUUCAGCGCAUUCGCAUACGCCUUGCAUCAAAACGGCGCUGGUGAAUGCCCUUACGACUGCUGAUAGCGCUCUUUGAUACCCUCAAUUAACACACAAUCUUCUCUCUAUUCGCGAAACCUUCAGUACUGCACGUUCGGAGAUCGCCACGGGUCGAGUCUUCCCGUCGCUUAUAACCUUGUCUACAGGACACGCAAAACUGGAUCCUCGAGGCUGCAUCGACGGCCAUACCGUUGGUUCACAUAACCUACAAGGCGUCAGCCAGCCACCAAAGCCAUCGGGUCAGCCAAAAUGGUCCAAUUCGGUCGCC